AUGAGCGUCGCGCCGGCGCGGCGGUUUCAUGAAGAGGGCCUGGGUUCACGCACAGGUCUUCGGAUCGGAUCGAUCCGUCUCGAUGAGCAAGGACAUGAGGACUUGGAUGCGUUCUUUGCAGAAUCCAAGCGGGUACUGGAAUGGAUGGAACGCUCCGACGACGAGCGGUCCGAGUCAGCAGCCAGCGCCACACGGUCCGAGUCAGAGCCGCGGGACGAAGUAAAGCCGCCAGCUACGGCAGAGGAAGACGUUACUACGUGGGACCGUCGUGCGUCGCGCAUUUCCGAGUGGGCAGCUCGCAGCGCGGUGGGUAGCGUACGUACGACGCCGCGCGUCGUGGCGGCGGCGGCGCGACCAUCCCUGCUGCCACGCGCGGAAGAAUCUCUAUGGAAUUCGACUGUGGAUAUCUCGCGUGCAGAGCGCACCUUCCAACUGAGCGCUAUGGCCGGCGAUGUUAGUGCCAUGACCGUGCAAAGCGCUGCGCCCGUGGAAGAGGUCUGGGCAUCCACGUCACAGCGUCCCAGUCCCAAUGAUACGAGACUCUCGCAUUCGCGUGCACGUAUGAUGCCGCAGGCGCCAAGUAUGAGCACACCGCUCGCUGGCCCUUCACAAUGGCCUCGGGUGAGUGAGGUAAGUACGAUGGAUACAUCGCGGAUUCCCGAUACCGAUAUGCCGUCGUUCUUACGGCCGGAAGCGUCGAUUUUGCCACCACGCACCGCCUCGCUCUCCUCGUCACGGGCAUCCACACCGGCAAGCGGGGCAUGGGAUGCUGCGCCAGCAUCUCCGCCGCUUCCCAUGUUGGAUGCAUUGGAUCCUUUACCAGGCCCGGAUGAGCCCGCGUGGCCGCCUGAAGAGAGCCAGGAGCCACCGAAGAAGCGUGGGCGUGGCCGGCCACGCAAGGACGCGUCGAUGCCGCCGCCGCGGGGCCGUCCUGGCCGCCCGCCGGGUCGUCAAAAGCCGGCGCAGAAGAUUGUCGAGAACAUCUACGAUCCACCGAGCUGGCAGUUAGACAACCCGACAGGACUUCGACGUGGCAAGCGGCAUCGUAUUGCGCCGCUGCAAUGGUGGCGUGGUGAGCGGGCCCUGUAUGGCCGGCCGGACGAGCGUGAGGACGACGAGGUGGCGGCAAGUGGGCUAGUUGCGCCUGUGCUGAAGCAAGUGAUUCGUGUCCCUCGCGCGCCUGGCGAAGGGACAUUUUCAGGGAUGCGGCGGUUCCGUGCGAAGCCCAGUGCCUACAUGCAGCAGAUGGGCCGUGAACGGCCUGAGGGGAUGCGCUUGUCGCCGGUCGCUGAAAGUGACGAAGACGAGAACAUGGAUGAUACAGCCAGUGACGUUGACCGGUCGAUGUACAUUCCGCCUGAGACGGGCUGGGAUGCGGAUACUGAUCCGUAUGGCCGUGUGAUGGAUGUGGAUCAAAAUAUGGAAGUAACGAUGCGCAUUGCAUGUACGUCUGAUGGUAUUCGACCGCGGCCUGCGUUCAACCAAAAGUUCUCCUAUGAAAAGAUCUUUGGUGUGGGCGACUUUAUGGCGGCGGGUGUGCUUGUUAUUCCUCGGGGCGGUGAGAAGCCGACCAAGCCAAGCAAGGACAACAAUUACACGUUUGUCGUGCUGCAAGGUGCCGUCCAAGUGAUGGUGCAUCGUACCCGCUUUGUGAUUGCGCCAGGCGGCAUGUUCUUGGUCCCGAAAGGCAAUACGUACCAAAUCCGCAAUGUAUCGCAUCGCGAGGCCCGUAUUUUCUUCGCUCAGGCACGCAAUAUGCAGACGCCGCUCACGCCUGUGAUGCAUGCGGGCGAAACAGCGUUUGCGCAUGGCGGCGCUCAUGUACAUGUCGAGCCGCCAGCCGCUCACGAGGACGGCGAUGACGACAAUGACAACGAGGACGGCGAAUCCACCGACUCGGACGAUGCAGAUGCAUCAGGGGAUUUUGCUUUGCGUCGAGCAUGA